AUGCACUUGCUUUGCUGGACUGCAUACAUAUUUUGUUGGAGGAGAAAGAUUACUCCUUUCCUGAUGUGUUCACGAAGAAAGCAGACUGAUGGACCUUUCAUUGAUGAAGAGUUUUAUGGUUCUAAAAUUACAACAUACAGAAAAGAGCUCUCUGCAAUACGGGUGAUUGUUGAAGUUGACAAAGGAUGUCCUUUGAUUGCCAGUCAGCUUGCUCUUCAUGAUGAAUUGUCCACUUUUGUUCGAGUAUAUAGUUACUUGAGUGAGUUUAAGUGGGAGCCGGAUAGCAAGGCUGACAAAAGGAUCUGGUUUCCAAAGGGAAAUCAGAAUGGAGAGUGGGUUAAUCCAGAAGAGUGUGUUAUAUAUGACAAGGAUGAGCUGUUUGGCUUGCAGUUGACUGUUCUGGAGAAAUACUUUGAGCAUAACCUAUUGGUGUUCUUCUCCCGUGCUUAUGGGGUAAAGUCCUGUCCUUCAAUUGAAGACUACUGCAGGCUCUGGAAGGUGUGGGAAAAUUUUGAAAGUGGAUUGUUGCAAGAUCAAUGUUGCAAAUUCUGGGGGUAUGUUUCAAAGCACUGGAAUUCAAAAACGGAGAAAACUCUUGCUGAGGCUUUGGUGAAAGUACCUAUUAAUUCAGGCUCCGCUGGAAUCUUGUUGUGCAACAAGGAAGAUGUUUUCAUUGCUGAUGACCUUCAGCUGCAGUAUCUUUUUGAACAGUCUUCUCACCAAGUUUUUGUUUGGUACCCUCAGCCUAGCCUGGCUUCCUUGCCUAGGAAUAAGUUGCUUGAAAUUUACAGAGAAAUUGGUGUUCGUACUAUCUCUGAAUCAGUGCAGAAGGAAGAACUAUUCCUAGUAAAUGAUGUUGAACUACAGUUAAUUCCAACAGAGAAAUUGAUCGGGAAAGCGCUGCUCAGGCUGAUACUUGGUUUUCUAGCUUGUCCUCCCAUUAAAAUGGAAGCGGAGAAAAGGCAAAAAGCUGUCCGAGGUCUUGCCAAUGUUGCUGUUGUGGAGACAUCUGAACCAAUCACUGUAAGCUAUGAUCUACCAUUAUCUUCUGGGAAAAUUUUGAAUGUGAGAGGUAGCCGAAAGGUACGAUGGGAUAGAGAAGAUUCCAAAAUUUUCACCGAGAAGAUGGACAGAUCUGGAGGAUAUAAGAGCAUCAUUGAGUUUGCUACAUAUUUCUCUGAGGCAAUUUCUGAGUUUGUACUGUGGGAGAUCCCUGAUCAUAUACAUGCACUUUCUGGGCUGAUCAAGUUGGCCUUUGUGCUAAACCUUGAUGAGGAAGCAGUUACUUUCUUGAUGAAGUCCAAUAAUUUGCAGAUCUUCGUGGAGGAUGAGGAGUUUCUGAAUUCAGCCUACCAUUCUGAGUAG